GUCGUGAAACUCACCUGCACGUUGAGCCUUGGACGCCACUCCUGCUCACCUGCCUUCAGGAAGAUUUAGGAGAAAGAUUUCAAACUGCUGGAGCAGUCCCUGCGAGCAAGUGACUGUGAGCAAGCACUUUAAAGAAGAUUUUAUUUUAUUGUUUUAACUUGGACGAGUCGCGUGAGAGUGACGGACACACAUAGUUUCAGCCUUCAGAGCGGAAGUGGACAGAAACCAGGUAUGGAGGAGCUGACGAUAUGGGAGCAACAUACAAUAACACUAAACAAAGAUCCCAAAUUUGGGUUUGGCUUUGCCAUUUCAGGAGGCAAGGAAAAGCCUCACCCAGACAACGGGGAUACAGCUGUGGUGGUGUCAGAUGUGCUGCCCAAUGGACCGGCCAUAGGACGACUGUUCAACAAAGACCAAAUCGUCAUGGUCAAUGGAGUGUCGAUGGAUAACGUCCACUCCAACUACACCAUUCAAAUCCUCAAGUCAUGUGGCAAGACUGCAAAUGUAACGGUGAAACGCCCUCGCAAGAUUCAGAUCCCAGCAACCUCCAAACCGUCUCGGGCCAUGUCCCAUUCCAACCUGCUGGACCCGGACCCUCCCAGACGAACACGACGCUACUCUGACGGCAGCGACAACAGAGACUCCAACCGCUACCGUAGCCGCGCCCGCAGCUCUUCGCCCGACCGCAACGGGCAUGGGAACACACUGCCGUUGAUGUCGAUGGCUUACAAGAGGCUGCCGCAUCAGGACGUGGCAGAGAAACCCAUCAAAACGACGCUGCAUAAAAAGAAAAUCACAGAUGAGUAUGGAUUAAAGCUGGGCAGUCAGAUCUUCAUCAAGCACAUGACAGAAACCGGCCUGGCUGCAACGGAAGGAACGCUGCAGGAGGGAGACCUCAUUCUCAAGAUCAAUGGCAUGACGACAGAGAAUCUAUCCCUGCUGGAGACCAAGCACCUGGUGGAGAAGAGCAGGGGCAAACUGACCAUGACGGUCCUCAGGGACGACCGCAGGUUCCUGGUCAGCAUCCCGGAGGUGGUGGACAGCGCCCCCAACAGUGAGGAAGACCGCCGCCGCCGAGACAGCAGCUCUGAACUGGAAGACAUUUCAGACCUUGACGAAGACGUCCCCACACACAGAACGUCCCGUCAACCCACCCGAGAGAAACGGACACGCAGAACAAGAGCUGAACCUCCUCCAGCCAAGUCUCGGGAUUCAUCACCAAUGCGCUCCACCUUGACUCGGCCUCCUGUAAAAACCUACGCCGCUCGCAGAGCUCCAUCCGAGUCUGGGUCGGACCGCAGUGCCUCUCCUCCUCCUCCUCCUGUCAGGAGAGCCAGUCCGGACAUGAGGGAUCACUCCAACAAAUACAAAACUCUGUCUGGUAUGUCCAGCCUCCCCAAACCCCGGUCCUCUCCUAUAGUCCCUAACUGGAACACCUCCCACUCCCCUCCAACGCCUCACAGCCCCGCAGGACCGGUGUCGGAGUCAGACUCUGACCGCAGCACUUCCCCGCCGCCACGCAGAGAGAGAUCCCACCCUGACAGCAGAUACAAAGUUCUUCCUGAUCUUGCUCACAUAGGACUGAGAGCCUCCCCCAUCAAUGUUCGCCAGGAUCCACCAAGGAGGAUCAACUCUCCUGUCAGAGACCCGCCCCUAGACUCUGAUUCCGAGUCAGAAAUCAGCCUGGCGCCUCCUCAGAGGCAGAGCACCACGUACAGUCAGGACUCCCUCAGCAGAUACAGAGUGCUGCCAGAUGUCGACCUGCAGCCCCAGGUGGAGUCGCCGCGAUGGAACCCCCCCAGCGUCACUGCCAGCAAUCCGCCACAGAAGGCUCCUUCAGAGUCUGAAUCAGAGGCCAGUUACGCGUCUGUCCCUCGCAGGGAAUCUACAGACAGCGUGAACUCCAACACGGCUAGCAACAGAUACAGAGUCCUGCCCGAGAUUAAAUCCACUUCAGUCGCCGUGAAGCGGGAGCCUUCUCGUCGCAAUAUGUCACCCACCAGACCGCCGCCUUAUGAUUCAGAUUCAGAGUCAGACCAGCUGUCGCAUCUCAGGAGGUCUGGGAGCUCCGAGCGGGGCGAGAGCAACCGCAGAGCUCCUCGUGCUGCUAAUGGAACUGGCACCGUCCGGUCUGGGAUUUCAGUGAAGAGCAACCCACCAGCCUACUCAAAGCCUGUAGAGGAGCCAAUCUACUCGCUCCCUCCAGACUCGUACCCAUCACCUAAUCCAGGCUACAGCUCCGACCUUCACACGGUGUCGUUUGUGAAGGAGGGCAGUGUGGGUCUGAGGCUCGUGGGAGGCAACGAUGUCGGCAUAUUUGUAGGUGGAGUUCAGCCAAACAGCCCGGCGUACAACGAAGGAAUGAAAGAGGGAGACCAGAUCAUGAAGGUGAAUAACGUUGAUUUUGGUCAUUUCACACGAGAAGAGGCAGCCAACUUCCUCCUGAACAUCAAGAAAAGGGAGCAGGUUGCAAUCUGCACUCAGAACAAGAUGGACAUUUAUAAGAAGAUCAUCAAGUCCAACCUGGCAGACAACUUCUACGUUCGCACCCACUUUGACCACGAGGCAGAAGGCUCCAUCGGUCUGAGCUUCACCAGAGGAGAAGUGUUCAGGGUGGUGGACACAAUGCACCGCGGGAAGUUGGGCAACUGGCUGGCCAGCCGCAUGGGGAACGACCUGCACGAGAUGGAUAAAGGCACCAUCCCCAACCAGGCCAGGGCUGAGACGAUGGCCAGCAUAGAGCAGACGCAGCGGGUGAGUGGAGACAGGCAGGUGUCGGGACCGAGAGCCGAGUUCUGGAAACUACGGGGUCUCAGAGGGAACAAAAAGAAUGAGAAGAACAUCCGCCGGAGUCGUGAAGACCUGCUGCAGCUCACCAUUCAGGGCAAAUUCCCGGCCUAUGAGAGAGUCCUGCUCAGAGAAGCUAAUUUCAAACGACCCAUUGUCAUUAUGGGCCCUCUAAAUGACGUUGCCAUGGAGAAGCUGGCCAGAGAGUUACCUGAUGAAUAUGAAGUGGCAGACAUGGUUCCUCGCAGUGGAGGAGGAGACGGCGGCUCCACAGUUAUUAAGCUGGACACUGUGAGGAGAAUAGCAGAGAAGGACAAGCACCCUCUCCUGGACAUCACUCCCACUGCAGUGGAAAGGUUGAACUACAUCCAGUACCACCCGAUGGUUCUGUUCCUGGACCCUCGCAGCCGCAAGGACGUCAAGGCCAUGAGGCAGAGGUACAGCCCCAACUCCAACAAGAGCUCCAGGCGCCUCUACACCCAGGCCCUGAAGCUGAGGAAACACUGCAGCCACCUGUUCUCAGCACGUAUUGACCUGCAGCCCAGCUCCAAUGUUUGGUAUGAGAGUAUAAAGGAAAAGAUCCGCCAUCAACAGUCAAAACCUGUCUGGGUGUCUGAAGUGACGUUGGAGACUGGGGAAGAGCAGGACUUGGAUGGUCUGGAUCAAAUGCAGUCCGACUACCUCAGUGCUGCCAGUGACCUGGAGGACACUGAUGGAGAAGCCUUCACCGACGGAGAGACCUACACCGACAACGAGGACCUGGAGGAGGCUUACCCCGGUCAGAACGCAGCCGCGGCCCCCAGAGGAUCCAGGGUAGCUGGAGCUGCUUUAGCCCGAUCGUCUGAGCCCGCCUCUGGGCGCCUGAGCCCCACCGAGGACUCCGAGUCUCAAGAGGACACGUACUCGCUCAGAGAAAUCCCGCCGUUGUUGCACGUACCUGAGCCCAGGACAAGCCGCCGGAACAGCGACAGCCCGUCUCACAGCGCUGCUGAGGAGGAAAACCCUUCUCAUCGCAGUUUUACAGACUCAGAUUUCAGUGCGGUGGAUGUGAUUGCACCCACCAGUCCAUUAGACGGACCCCCGGAUUUUAUAGCCCCCGACCCCUCCAGUCGGUACUCUAUGAACGAGCCCUCGUAUGCUGAUGUGGAGCCUGAGAGCCCACAGCAUGCCGCCAGCCUGUCUAUUAUCGAGGAGAAAUUACAACAGGCUCGCUCUGCAGAGCCUCAGGCAAAAGCGGAGGCGAAGAAGGCUCCUCAGUUCAUCGUGCUAGCACAUCAUCACCAAGCAGUCCAGUUCAGACGCACACAGAUCCGAGGCAGCGAUAGCUCUGAGGACGAGGACGAGGAGGAGGCGGACGACAUUGAAUGGGGUCCUGCGACAGAACUGUAGAGUUUGCAUCGAGGAUUAAAGUGUGAAUCUACAGAUCUAACAAAGACAUGGAAACUAUUUCACUCCCGAGAAGCUCGGAUCAUCUUGGAUCAUUUUUUUGAAAACCUUUCUCUGCAGAACAAAGUGGGAAGUUGGUCGGCCUUCACCAAGGGCCUUGUUCAGGUGUGGGAAAUUGGAGAUUUGUAGAACAGAUGACUAAAAGUUUUAACAUUUAAAGAAAGGUUUUCACACAAAUGUGUCUGAUUUCUUUUCAUAUUUUUAUAUUAUAUAUUUAAAUAUAAUCUAAAAAAUCAGCUUGCUAUUUGUUACUGCUACUGAAUGUAACAUGUUAAGUCUAGUUUUAUUUUUAUUUUCAUAGAAAUAUGCAAGAACAUUUAUUUGGAUGUCACUUUAACUUUUCUAUAUUAAACUGUUUUCCUGAUU